UACCACAAGUACAAGAUGAACCUGUACGGCUUCCACGGUGGCCAGCGCAUGGGUCCCAUGUCUGUCAUCGGGGUGACGGCUGCAGAGGAAGAGACCCCCAGCCCCACAGAACCCAGCACAGAGGCCCCGGAGCCCCCUGAGGAGCCGCUCCUGGGGGAGCUGACAGUGACGGGAUCCUCCCCUGACUCGCUGAGCCUCUCCUGGACCGUCCCCCAGGGCCAGUUCGAUUCUUUCACCGUGCAGUACAAGGACAGGGAUGGGCGGCCCCAGGUGGUGCGUGUCGGGGGUGAGGAGAGCGAGGUCACCGUGGGGGGCUUGGAGCCCGGACGCAAGUACAAGAUGCACCUGUACGGCCUCCACGAGGGGCGGCGUGUGGGCCCGGUGUCCGCUGUGGGUGUGACAGGUGAGUGUUUGUGAGUGAGGCAGGGUGGCCUUAGAAGGAAGAUGGCCUUAGAAGAUGUUGCUUUCUCUGCAACUUCAUGAAAACAAAAAUAUUCUUACCAGUCGGGCUUCUUUUGCACGUUUCCAUGCUUGGGGAUCUUGCUAAGAGGCAGAUUGGGAUUCAACAGGUUUAGGCUAGGGCCAGAGAUUCUGCAUUUCCAACAAGAAAUGAUGCAGAUGCUGCUGGCCCAUGAUCACGCCCCUUGAGUAGCAAAGUUCCUCACGACCAAGGAAUUGGACCCUCUUUUGAAAUCUGUUGAAGAGAAUUUUUCUGCGUCCCUGAUUCCUGGUGGGGUGCUUUCUCUGUAGAGUUGACUGGGGGCCGUGAAGGAAGACAGAAGGCAGUGAGAGGCAGCGUGUUGACUGUGCACUCUGGAAGCCCACCAUUGGAACAGGAAUAGGAACAGACCUUUCCCUCCAAUGGGCCAAUUUGUUCAUUCAGCAAAGAAUUCCAUGCCCUGAUCCAGGCACUGUAAUUUUAGGAUAUCAAUGUCCUCUGGCCAACAACCUCCAGAAACUCACCAAAAAUUGAACGGAUGGAGUUAUGCUUUGUGCAGUGCAGGACGACCGUGGGGUGACUCAGGAAGAGGCUUUAGAAAGAGAUUGUUAAGGAACUGGGCUUGUGGUGGGAUUUUGGGAAAGCAUUUAAGGAAGCAAGGUUUUGCUCUGUAUUAGACGCUGUCAGGAAGAAGGGAUAACCCUGUUACCAGGCGUCUCACUAAGUCUUAUCUUUGCGGGGGUCAACCUAGAGCAAGGCCAAAGCUGCCAUUGGUAAAGAAGCAACUAUCACUCAGAUUAGCUGGAUGGGUAAUGUUUGGUUAUUUUUUGUGCUUUGGAAAGUGUUAGAGUUUGUUUAUACUGAGACAUGAUCACAGACUGGCCUUGUUCUUGCCUUGAUCCAUCCUACUGACUAAUGGCCUAGUCUGAUGUUGAUGUUCCAUGAAAUUGUCUGUGUUCAACUGGACCACGCCAAGACCAGACUGUGCCAGGCCAGUCCCAAGCAACCGUGGCCUGGCUGAGGGAAAGGGCAGCUCACGGGUGUCAGGGCUGCUUUUUUCUUUCAUAGGCAGAAGCUGGAAAGUGACACACACAAGUACAUGUUUUCAUGGGGCUCACAGUUGUGGGCACAAACGGAAAACCAGAAAGUAAGCAAAGAAGGAUGAGCAUGUGGAGCCCAGGGGCCAAGCCAGGAUUGGGAAGGGACAAUGAGGUCACCCUGACCACAAGUACCCGGGGGACAGCCAGGACCUGAGGCCAGGCAGGCCUUAGCUUGGUGACAGCUUUAGAGAGGAGGUGAAGCGUGUCAGAUCAUCACAGCUGGUGCAAAGGCCAGGAGGCUAGAAAGCACGGCACGUGAGAGGCACUGAGGAUUGAGUGGGGUGUCCUUUACAGUGGGUGGAUCGUCCUGAAGUGUGGGAGCAGAGGAGGGGACCGCUCACCACGCCUGGGGUCUCCCAGGGAUGAAGAGGUGGUUGCUCAGGUCUGUGCUGAGAUGGCCCCAGCAGCUGUGCCUGUGUGAAGCUCAUCCGUGGGGGCUGAAGAUGGGGAUGGGGUGACAGGGAGCCUGGAGGCAGGGAGGCCAGUAGGCAGUUGGUGGCCUUGGUGAGAGGUGACAGUGGCCCAAACCAGGACCAGGGACUGGAGGU